AUGGACUGCAUGGUUUCUGUGGAAGAACACGACAUCAAGUUUCCGCAUCGCCCGUUCCGGCCCGUCUCUGGCUUCAUUGCCCUUGGCGACUCCUACUCAGCGGGUAUAGGCACCGGGUUCAACGGAACAGAAAACGACUGCCGCCAAGGUCUGCAUGCUUAUCCGGUUCUGGUCCAUAGAGAUCUCAGCCGCGCCCGCGGGCAUCAUGGUAAUGCACCGGAGAUGCAGUUUCUUUCCUGUACGGGCUCCACAAUCGGCGACAUGCUCGCGGGGUCCGACCAUAGUCAGAUCGAUGGCCUAGAUGCUACGGCGGAUGCAGACUUUGCGCUCCUGUCCAUUGGUGGCAAUGAUCUUGGCUUCUUCGACAUCAUGAAUAGCUGCAUCUUUCGCUUUUACAGCUUUUACUCAGGAACCUGCGAAGAUGCUUUACGCAAUUCCGAAGAAGCCCUUAACGGCCCCGAGUUUGAACAUUACCUUCGUUUGGCCAUUAUGGAAAUCCUCGACCGUGUACAGUGGGAGAAGAGGCCCUGGUUUACCAUUACGGUCUCGGGGUACGCUCGCUUCUUCAACGAGGAUACCGAAGAUUGCGACGAACGAUCCUUUGGAGUGUGGUGGCGUGGGCCCAAAUUGAAACGCGAACUUCGCCGCAGGAUGAACAAGAUGGUUCUUUCAGUAAACGACAAGAUUAACCGCUCAAUUUCUGCUAUUAACGCCGACUUCAUAGAGCCCAGGGUCGUGUUUGUGGACUACGACGAUGCUUUCGAAGGCCAUCGUUUCUGCGAACCCAACGUCACUGAACCAGAUUAUUCCAGAAAUGAAACAUGGUUUUUUCUUGUCGGAGGCAAAGACAACCACCAUGGCUUCCAAAGUCAGAUGACAGGAUCCGACCAUAGCGAACUACUUCCCCGGAGCUCACCACUGAUAAAUCCAGAUACUUGUUUUGACCCUGCUCAGAAAUCAGGCGAUUGGGGUGAGUUGGCGUUGUGCUUGAUGGUCAAAGCUGCGAGAGAAGAUCCUUCCCUUCGAACUAGCCAAGGAGAAAUUAUCACUCAAAACUCCAUGUGGUAUGUGCCUACAUAUUAUGGCAAAACAUUUCAUCCUGCUCUGGAGCAGAAUGAGCUCAGACACUUAGAUGGAGGUGAUGACCCAAUCAACAAAGUCGUUUUGAAGAAGGAAAGCAAAUCAGGCACCAUAAAGCUGAAGAAGCCGCCCCCAAAGCACAACAAGCCAGGAAACUGGAGGGACGGUAGUGUUGUCGAAGAUGAGAAAAAGAAAGCUGUGAGCUCCCCCUCGACGUCCGUGGCCUCUCCUGGCCCAGUCGUGAACCAACUAGACGACACUGCUCGAGAGACCUUUGCGACAGGACGACCUCUGGAGGAUAGUCCAGAUCUCCAGCAAUGCAAGCACUGCAAGAAAAGUAUUUUAAAGACUGCAGCCAAGGCACAUAUUGCGCAAUGUUUGAAGCUGAAAAAGGAGAAGGCGCAGAGGAAGAAGGAAGCGCGAGAAGCGCGAGAGAGAGCUAAGGAGGCAGCCAGGGAGGAAGAGGCUCGAAAGGCUGAUGAAGAGAAUGGAGAUGAUGACAGUGACGACGACGAUAAAAAAGUAAAUGUAGCGGGUAAGAAAGCAGGCAAGAAGCCCGAGGACGAGAAGAAGGGCAGCAAAAAACGGAAAGCCGACGGCGAGCCAGACAAAGGACCCAAGGCGAAAAAGAAGAAGGACGAGCCUAAAGCCAAGGUUCCAAAGCCUAAAGGGCCGGUUGAUGUUGAAAGGCAGUGUGGUGUCAUACUGCCCAACGGGCAACCAUGCGCUCGAUCGCUUACAUGCAAGAGCCACUCCAUGGGGGCAAAACGUGCUGUUGCAGGCCGUUCUCUUCCGUACGAUAUGCUUUUGGCAGCAUACCAGAAGAAAAAUCAAGCAAAACAACAAAAGGCUGCUCUUGAUGCGAACGCUCCCGUUGAGGACGAGGAUGACGCGAACAACGGUCCUGUUGACUCUGAUGAGGAAACCGGAGCCGUAAUGAGCGCCUUAUCCCACUGGCAUCCCCAACCGCUUAUUCCACAACCUGUUUUCACUCCAAUCAAACGACAGUAUCAGCUCUCCAGACUUCAUGAACAAUUGCAGCUGGCAACGAAUGGAGGUCGUACCAACAUUUUUCAUGUGGUAGGAUACGGCGCUCAAAAACUCCCGGAAGGACACCCCGGACUUAUUGAAGGGGAAGAUGCACCAGGCGAGCCAGACAUUGGAGCCCUAGGCUUUCCUGCUUCUGCCCGAUCAUCGAACUUUGGUGCCGCAACCGUGUCACAGAGACGAUCAUCAGUAACAAGCCGCGGCUGA